AUGGAUACAUUUGAUUAUACAGUACCUGUUUGUAAUGAUAAUCCAUGUUAUGUGAAUGAUCUUAUUCUUGGUAUAUGGGAUUCGGUUGUGAAUAGUAUUUUACCAACAUUUAUCAUAUGUAUAUUUAGUCUCAUUAUUCUCAUUCGUGUUCAUUAUCAAAAACGACGUGUUGUUAAUACACGUAAUCAAUGGCGUAAACAACGUAAAAUGGCAAUUCAAUUAAUUUUUAAUUCUACUCUAUAUCUUAUACCCAAUAUUCCAUUGAAUGUUUUAAUGUUGGCUCAUCUUUGUGGUCUAUCAGAAGACGUAGGUAUUGAAGCUCAACUGGAGUUUGAUUUUUUAUGUUACUUUGCAAUAUUUCUAUAUCCUUUGGUAUGUCUUGGUUUUAUAUCUCAGCUACAGAAGAAAAUACAAUGGAAAAGAUUAUUUUUGUUACUACGACCACAACGAAAUCCUAUUGUCGCACCUCAAUAA